AUGGCGCUUCCUGAGCAAAUUCAGGAAUUGUUUCAGCGUUCAUGGCCAAUCCUACUCCUGGGAUUUUUCAUUGCCAGACUCUUGAUCAACAAAUACGGAGGGAAUCUUGAUUCAAUUCCAGGGCCUUUCUUCGCCGGUUUCACGAAUCUUUGGCGUGUUCUCAAUACCCUCCUCUCCGACCCAACCGAGACACAGAUUCAGUUGCAUCGGAGCCUCCACUCGAAUUUUGUGCGGAUUGGCCCUCGUGUUGUGUCUAUAUCUGACCCAAAACUCAUACCAACAAUUUACGGAAUCAAGUCAGAGUUCACGAAGACCUCGUUCUAUUCAAUCGCCGAACUGUGGUACGAAGGGAAGUGCACGCCGAGUCUUUUUGAGUGUCGGGAUGAAGCCUAUCAUGCACAGAUCAGGAAACCUCUCGUGAAUGCAUACAGGAUGGCAACAAUGAUUGACUUUGAACCUGCGGUGAACUCGACCACUGAGUUAUUCAUGUCAAAAAUGGACCACCUUGUUGUUUCUGGGAAGCCAGUGAAGUUGGAAGUGUGGCUACACCGCUAUGCAUUUGAUGUAAUAGGUGAGAUUCUCUUCAGUAAGAAACUGGGCUUUCUCGAAUCGGGGACCGAUGUUGAGUCCAUCAUGGCUGGAAUUCGAUCUUUUACCCAGUAUCUUUCAGUCGUUGGACAGAUUCCAAUCGUGGACCAUUUUCUGUUGAAGAACCCACUCAUGCUGAGAUAUGGACCGGCCAACCCGAUCGUAACAUUCACACUCAAUCGAAUGAAAGAGAGGGCGGCCUGGAAGGCAAGUCAGGGUCAGACAAAGCGCGACUUUCUUGAAAGAUGUCUCGAAGCUCAAGCCAAAUACCCAGAGGUGGUGACAGACAGAAUGGUCAUGCUUUACAACUUUGACAAUAUUGCUGCUGGGUCCGACACGACCGCGUUGAUUCUGACUUCGCUCUUUUAUUAUCUUCUCAAGAACCCGGCGACGCUGGAAAAGGCUGUUGAGGAGUUGGAUUGUGCAGAUAAAGAGGGCCGACUUAGCGAAUAUGUCACCUGGCGCGAGGCGAGCAAGUUGUCUUAUAUGCAAGCCUGCAUUAAGGAAGCGACACGUAUGCAUCCUCCCAUCGGCCUCAUCCUCGAACGAUACGUCCCAAAGGGUGGCAUUGCACUGAGCGGCCAUUACUUUCCCGAAGGCACAAUCGUGGGAGUGAACGCAUGGGUCACAGCACGAAACAAGGAAGUCUACGGUGAGGACUGCAACUGUUUCAGGCCAGAACGAUGGCUCGAGGCAUCAGAGGAAGAACUUGCCGCUAUGGAACGAGGCAACCUUGCAUUUGGCCAUGGCAAGCGCGGGUGCCUAGGCAAGAGCAUUGCGCUGUUGGAGGUUUCGAAGCUGGUGCCGCAGCUGCUUCGCCAUUACGAGUUCUCAUUUGCGCGGCCCGACCUGGAAUGGAAACUUCAAGGUGGUUGGAUGGUGCGGCAAGAGGGUGUCGAAGUGGUUGUCAGCAAACGUACGUGA